AUGGGCCUGGGCUUUGGAAGCAAGCCUGCUGUGCCAAAGGCUGUGCUUAACCACUGUGCCUCCUGGCCCCCUGAGACAGCCCCGGAGCUUCAGGACCCCAGGCCACCAGGAUCAGGUGAGGACUCCAUCAGCACCCUGGGCCUGAUCCUCGGCGUGGGGCUGUCACUGCUGCUCGUUUCAGUCCUGGGCUACAGCCUGGCCAAGUGGUACCAGCGCGGGUACUGCUGGGAGGGGCCUAAUUUUGUCUUCAACUUGUACCAGAUCCGGAAUCUGAAGGAGCUGGAGGUGGGACCACCCUUCACCAUCAGUGGCCACAUCGGCAGUUCAGAUGGUGGCUAUAUGAAGUUCUCCGACAGGCUAGUCUGAUGGGGGAGUGUCAGCCUCUGGAGCCCCAGAGAGUGGCAGCGGGAUGGCCUGGGCAGUGCGGAGAGAAGUCGGAUUGAAGAGUACUCUGCAUUUGGCCGGGAAGACUGAGGCCCAGAGCUGACAUGACAUGAUUGAGAGCUGGAUGAGCCCAGAACCCACUUCUCUUGAGUUCCAGGCCAGCCCAGCACUCUUUCCACUCCGUGGGGCUGCGUCUUUGCCCAUGGGGCGUCUCCAGACAAGCAGCCUGGCCGUGGAAGCCUGUCUAUGGACUUGCCCAUUAGCCUGAGUGACUCCUGGACACUCCAGUCACAUGAGGGUCCUAUUUCCUUCCAAAAUACAUCGUGCCAUGCAGUGCCUGCUGGACUACAUGUGUCACCUCUUUGCCCUGAGUUUGAAUUGUGGGCUCAGAUUUUAUAAUCUCUCAAGUUUUGGGAGAGUCUCCCAAUCUUAGCAUAAUUUAAUAAAUGUCUCUUCACUCUUGUGAGUUCAGUCCAAAAUAUGUGCACUGAACACCCUAGGUGGGUCACACACUCCAUGACCCCUGUGGACAUCUCCCUCACAGCACGAAUAGCAGGUGCCUCAAUGUUCUGCCUUACAUCCUGAGCUCCACCCCUCAUUCCAGACAUUUCUGAAGGGGCUCCAGCUUUGUGCUCAUAAAUCUCGACUCCAGUGCCCACUGUACAUCACUUGCUGUCUGCCCUGGCUCCUCCCGUUCCGGGGGAGCCCAUGCAGCCCCGUGCACCAGCAGUUUGAGAGAGUAACACAUCUGGGGGAAGCCUCAGCCAGUCCAGAAGCGGAUGGAUCCAGGGCCUCUCCUGUCAAUGCUCAGGGGACAAUUGGAAGAGGUCUCUACAUGUUCCAGGGAACAUUCCAGUGGGAUCAAGACCCAGAUGCUCCCAGUAUUACCGGCUUGAUAAUGCAUCCUUAUUUGGGCUUUUUCUUCUCCUGGUAUCUCACCCUUGUUCCCAGUGAUCAUCUUCCAAAUAAACCACCUACCCACAA